AGAGGCUUCCCCUGCGCGUCUUGUUUUGGUUAGCUGGGAUGCUAAUGCUAGCUCAUGCUUUCUGCUGUUGCCGGUGGUUACGGUAACGGCUCUCCCAUGAGGGGCUGUGUUUUCUGACUAAACACCCAGUGAAGUGCCGUGGCCAUGGCCGGGGUUUUCGACAUCGACUUGGAUCAACCGGAUGAGAAUGUCUCUGACGACGACCUGGAGGACGGGGUCCAGAUCAGUGAAUACAUGGACCAGUGCAGUGGCUUUGACUUUAACAUGGAUGACUGUGAGAAGUUUGAAAUUUCAGAGAACAGCGUUAACAAGGGAACAGAGCAGAUCAGGCCUGAAUGCUUUGAGCUGCUGAAAGUUUUGGGAAAAGGUGGCUAUGGAAAGGUGUUUCAGGUUCGGAAGGUAUCAGGUUCCACCUCCGGGAAGAUAUUCGCCAUGAAAGUUCUGAAGAAGGCCAUGAUUGUGCGUAAUGCAAAGGACACAGCUCACACCAAAGCUGAGAGGAACAUUCUAGAGGAGGUGAAGCAUCCUUUCAUUGUGGACCUCAUCUAUGCCUUCCAGACCGGGGGAAAGUUGUACCUCAUCCUGGAGUAUCUGAGCGGAGGGGAGCUGUUUAUGCAACUGGAAAGAGAAGGCAUCUUCAUGGAGGACACAGCAUGUUUCUACCUGGCUGAGAUCUCGAUGGCACUGGGUCACCUGCACCAGAAAGGCAUCAUCUAUAGAGACCUGAAGCCUGAGAACAUCAUGCUCAACGACAACGGACAUGUGAAGCUGACAGACUUCGGUCUUUGCAAAGAGUCCAUCCACGACGGAACGGUCACCCACACCUUCUGUGGCACUAUCGAAUACAUGGCUCCAGAGAUCCUGAUGAGAAGUGGACAUAACCGAGCAGUGGACUGGUGGAGUUUGGGAGCUCUCAUGUAUGACAUGCUGACAGGAGCACCCCCAUUCACCGGUGAAAACCGAAAGAAGACAAUUGACAAAAUUUUAAAAUGCAAACUCAGCCUUCCGCCUUACCUCACACAAGAAGCCAGGGACCUCCUGAAAAAGCUGCUGAAACGAAAUGCCUCAUUGCGACUCGGGGCUGGACCAGGAGAUGCUGCCGAGGUCCAGGCCCACCCAUUCUUCCGUCAUAUAAAUUGGGAUGACCUCCUCGCUCGCAAAGUAGAACCUCCAUUUAAACCAUACCUGCAAUCGGCUGAUGACGUCAGCCAGUUUGACUCCAAGUUCACCAGCCAGACUCCAGUGGACAGCCCUGACGACUCCACGCUCAGCGAGAGUGCCAAUCAAGUCUUCCUGGGUUUCACAUAUGUAGCCCCGUCCGUGCUGGAAAACGUCAAAGAGAAGUUCUCUUUUGAGCCAAAGGUGCGCUCACCACGGAAGUUCCCAGGAAGUCCAAGAACACCUGUGAGUCCGGUGAAGUUUGCAGGAGGGGACUGCUGGUCCCGGGGACCCCCGGCGACCCGCUGCACUGUUGAGCAACCCAUGGAGGUGUCAACAGCGGAGCAAAUGGAGACCAGCGGCAGUGGCGCCUGUGAGGUCUCUGCGCCGCUUCCCAUCAGGCAGCCCUCGGGCAUCAAUGCGGGACUCUACAAAAAGCAGGCCUACCCCAUGAACUCCAAGCGGCCGGAACAUCUGCGCAUGAACCUAUGACGCUCGGCUCGCUUAAGAACAUUAGGACUCUUCCAAUUCCUUUUCUUCUUCCUUUUUGUGGUUAGCUUUCAAAGAGACUUGUAGAUUAUUAUUAUUAUUAUUUUUAUUUUUAUUUUUAAAUUGACUGACCCUGUCAGUGCCGAUCACCAGCUCUUCCAGCAGCGCCUUCCCAUCCCUCCUGAAUCAGCCUGGCUGCCGCGGCCUGACGCAGAUAAUCAGCAGUGAAGUAGAGUAGAUAUGAGAGUAGGGGGAAGUUGUGUGAGAGGUUCUCUUUAAUGAAAGUAAAGUUGACACGCUUGUUGUUGGCUGGGUAAUGCCAGCUUGGUGAACUCAACUGGCAUUAUCAUAUGAUUUACUGGUGCUCUUUUAUCCUCAAGUCUGGUGAAUGUUAAUUCUAUUGUUAACGACUCAUUGCCUAAUCACAGUGAGAGAAUUUGGUAACUGGGUUUUUAUUUCACCCUCAAUAUGCUGGGCUCUUCUUUGUUAAGCAGUCAUCUUGUGAGAACUUGCAGGUUGCACUGUCAGUAUGUAGAUUUAUUGGUUAACAAUUCCACGAUGAACACACUAUUCCUUUAUGUUUGAGGAAAAACAAUCACAUUGCCUUUGUCACUGGAGCGUGUGGUCAAGAGUAGGUGGAGCACGAAUUACGGAAAAGCAGCUAUAAAAAGACAGAAGUGAAAUUUCAGCUGAAAGCAUCACUUCCACCACAAUCAAUACCAAUUGCUGCCACUGCUUUACUUUGUCUGACUGGAGUGCUUUCUGUCGGAGGCCUGUCCAGAAGCUAUGUUCAGUUUCUUUCUGUUGAAUGUAAACCGACUCUAAAUGCCUUUUUUUUGCGUGUCUCUCCUGUGCUGCUUGGCUCCAAUGGCCCCUGCAGCAUUGUUUUUAACUCGUCUAGUCAUGCAGUCUCAUUGCCACGGUCAUUUCAACAGGUCCACCCAAAUACGCACAGCCAAACUCAUGUCACUGCCCUGCAUUGAUUCAGGCAGUGUUCAUGUCUUUUGAGCUUUUUGUGCAUUUACAGUAACUGGGCUCUCGGUGGAAUGGGUUAAACACUGUUUGACCUGAGAUGUAUGACCUGUUUAUAUGAUGUGAAGCUGCUAUAUGAGCCUCUGGAGUCAAGCCAUUCAAAUCUUCUUUCCCUAAAACUGACCACCGUGUUGGAUGCAGAUUCCCUCAAUGAUAACUGACUAUUGAAUGGAUGAAAAUUUGCUUCAGUUUGAAUGGCUCCCUUAUGCGUUUUGUUAUCCAAAUGAAUUGACCAAAAGCACUGUUUCAACGAACCAAAUGAUUUCUUUUUUUCUGGUAUGAAAACAAACCCUGGACAACAAGGUUCAAAGGUCAAACACGUUUUUGUUCACAUUGAUGCUCAUAGAGCCAGUUUAAUGUUGUUUGAUGUGUAGCUCAGACGGAGGUUCUAAUAUGGAUCCGUGUCAGUCUGAGCCCACUGAUUUUCUUCUUCAACCAUUCCGGUACAACAAUUGUGUUAAAGACCAGUCACUCCACGUUUUACUCCACUAAACUUUCUUUGUUAAUGUGUUAAAAUAUUUAUUUUAAGUGCCAAUGUGUUUCCACUGUAUUGUUCACACUAUGCAAACUAUGUAUUUAUUAUGUAGUAUAAGUUGGGUCAGGCAGCAGAAUGUCUUGUCAUUUGAUUUGGCAUUGUCAUCAGAGACUUAUUUUGCCAUAAUAAUGAUAAUAGGCAUGUACAGUAUGAUUCUAUUUCCACAAAUGUCUUACGGCAUUUUCAGAUGCAGCUUUUUUUUUUUAUUCCAAAAUUGAGGACAGUUACCUAAAUGACCAACAGUAUUUAUUGUGGGGCUUAGUAUCAUAUUGAAGGGACGAUUUCAGAAAACAUUUGAAUAUCUUAGACUUUCCUUGCUGUGAACAUGGACUUCAGUUUGUCUUUUGCAGUGCUUAAAGCAAGGGCAGUUAUUGUGGCGGAAAAACUGAUGCUCAAACUAAGGAUUUUAAUUUCUUUGCUUCACAUAUGAUCUGAGCAGGAUCAUUUCUCCUUGUGUGUAGAGUUUAAUAGAGAUUUAAUCUUCUGUUUAGCUACAGUUUAAUAUCCUCCACACUGAGAUGUUUGAGAACCAUCUUAUCACGCUUACUUUAGGUGAGAAACCCUAUCUUUGAUUUAAGUGGGUGUUUUAAUCCCUGGUGGGCAUUGAAUAACAUUAUUCCUGUUGCUUUGUUACCCCUAGAUCUGCCCUUUCAGAUGGGGAAUGUUAAUAUGUAUCAUGUACAUAACAAAGUCAAAAUAAAAUCGUCUCAGAGCAGAGGCAAUGUAACAGAAUAGAUGGUACAAAGUGGCAAAAUCUGUUCAUUUGAACUGUUUUUCAGGUUAUCUCAGGACGUCUUGGGGAUGAAUAUGAUCUCCAAAACCAAGACUCUUCUAAACCU